AUGUCUACUACUACUACUACUACUACUACUACUACUACUACUACUACUACUACUACUACUACUACUACUACUACUACUACUACUACUACUACUACUACUACUACUACUACUACUACUACUACUACUACUACUACUACUACUACUACUACUACUACUACUACUACUACUACUACUACUACUACUACUAGUAGUAGUAGUAGUAGUAGUAGUAGUAGUAGUAGUACUGAAAAAUAUUGA